UUGCGAGAUGGAUAGGUGGAGGAGAGGGGUGGGGCACAAAGACUCAGGUAUAAAACAUCUGGCAGCAGGUGAGAGGCCUUAAAGUGCGCUGGGAGUUCUUGACAUCCACGUGUAGGUAAAACGAACCCUAACGUGAACAUUGCCUGGCGUGAGUGUGUCGUGGAAAGGGAGUGCGUGAGGAGUGUGAGAUGGAUCUGAGUUUCCUUGUCACUCCUUAAAUUCGCUGAAAUCAUGACGCCUUUUAUUGCUCCUGAGUGUGACAGAAAAGGAGGGACAGUCAAGCACCUUCCUUAUCCCCUUGCCCUCGUCUUCGUCCUCAUCUUCGUCUUCGUGUUAACCGAACCUGUCGUGUCCCUCAAAGGCCCAGAGGAGGACUGGCAAGGCACCGCAGACAAAUCUGGCAAAUCAACACACUCCUUCUACACCAGCAGCAGCAGCAGCAGCAGCAGAAAUGACCUCCUGGACGGGGUCAUGGCGAGGAGAAGCAAGCAGCACGUGAGUUCAAGACAUAUCAGCCACACCUUCCCCACCACCUACAGGCCCCACACACCUCCCCAACCUCGCCGCUCCAACCUCAAGCCCUCUCUUCCCCACAGCUUCCUCACAUCCAAGAAGCCCCAUGCUCCCUCACAUCUCACCCCCAUCAUUAAGCCAGAUCCCUUUCCUAAGACUACUUCUCAUCCCCGUCCCCCUGUUGCCGUCUUGAAGCCUCUCGUCGAUCUUCCAACCCUCAGGAAACAUUACUCACAGAAGCCACUCACGACUGACGCCAACUCACGCCAUCUACCUCCUUUUCCUCACUCGGCACAGGACGAAUACGAAACAGAGCAAACUGAGGAACUUGACGCUGGCGGUGACAAUGACAUAAAGACGAAUACGACCAGAGGAGGCAUCACCAAGAACAAGAGUAGCCGUGCCCUUCGCCUGCGCCUUCGCCAAGUAUCUCCUACGCUCAGGGUCAGGCUGCGGCCCCGGCAAGUCAGAGGUGACGGCACAGCAGAGGCGACAAAAGGAACAGGCCGCCGUGUAUCGAGGAAGCUCAUCAGGAGGAAGGCAGCGUACCCAAGGCGACAUCUACUGGACAGCCGGAGGAGCCUCACCCCAGGACCGCCCUACGACCACUACCGCAGGAUGGUGCACGUGCCCUUAAGAACCCCCACCACUCUUGCCCCGCUCCCUUCCAUGCUGCACACCCUGCCCCAGCCCCCAACUCUUCCCACCCAGCCAACUCACAGCAAAAACUCCCUCCGUGGUCGGUUAUAUCCAAAGAAAACAUUACCCCAGUCAUCACCUCCCUUCGUCCCCAUUUUCAGAAAAGACAAACCUCCAGGCUCUUCUCAUUUUCUUCCACCGACUCCACUUCCUUCUCCUCCUCCUCCUCGUCCUCGUCCUCGUCCUUAUCACCUCCCUAGUCCACGUCCUCAUUCUCCUCACUCUCCUUUCUCAUCAUCUCCUUCGCCACAUCCUACCUUUAUUACUACCUCCAUUCCAUCCCUGCCCCUCUCCUUCCCUACUGUCCAUCCACACACUCCCUCCUCCCCAACGCCAGCUGUUUUCCACCACCGCUUCCAUCACACGCCUCCCCUGCGCUCCAUGCACUCCGCCCGACCCCCUGCAGUGUUCAAUCUUGGAAGAAGCUCAACGCCUCGUCCCUUGGUUCAUCCUCCUCCUCCUCCUCCUCUUCUUCCUCCUCCUCCUCCUCCUCCUCCAUCUAAGCCCAAAUCUUCCUCGCCUCCUCCGCCCACGCCACCUCCCGCCCAUUCCCCUUUCCCAACAACAACGUCACCACCAUCACGGAUAUCACUGGAAGCUUCAAGGGAACACAGGAAGUCUGACUAUCCCACCUACGCCAGCGUCCCCGCCACAAGCUUCACGUGCCGCGCCACCCCCCGCCCCGGCAUCUAUGUGGACGUAGAGACCGGCUGCCAGGCGUGGCACGUGUGCGAAGCAGACGGACGCCAACACUCCUUCCUAUGUCCAAACGGCACCAUAUUCAGCCAGCUCGUGCUCACCUGCGACUGGUGGUACAACGUGCGGUGCGGGAGUGAAGGCACCAACGCCAUCCACACCAGGCCAUCCAGAGAGGUAUCGGAGAUACACACUGAUCCAGAAGAAAUGUACGGCAGGAAAAUAAUUCAGAAACCAACCAAGCCUUACUUACCAGACCUAGAGACGUUUAUGAUUCCUGCUGGUGGAUCACCAGAGUUGUUAGAGCCCUUGGUUGCCAUUUAUCAAUGACGACAACAGCCACCGAAAUCAGCCUCAGGUGACGAUGCUGACAGCGGCCAUGGGAACAUCCAUCCCGUAGAUGAUGACAGCGAAUGUUCACUAAGUGACUGAAUCACCCACUCUGAUGCUUCACCAUUGGAAAAAAAAACUGAUGUCAUUUUGUCAUGAGCAGCGUUAAUUAACUUACAUGGUAAACACUUUCCUUAUUAGUCUUAUCAUAAAUGUAAGCACAUCAUAUGAGAUAACUAGAAAAGAAAAGGAUGCAACAUUAUUUGCUGCCUGCGAGAGAGAGAGAGAGAGAGAGAGAGAGAGAG